UGCUGUGCUGCGGUCUGUCAAUCAUGUGUCAAUUCUGAAAAUAUAAGAAACUGCCAAAAAUGUUUAUGAGAAAAUUUCUCGAUACUACAGAUCGCGAAUUAUUUUAUCCGAAAAAAUACAAGAAGCGAUGGCUCGAUACAAGCAACAAUUAUUUGUUUAGUUUAUGGGGGUUUAUUAUGCACUUGAUUUUACUGUGGGGUGUGCUCGAUGUUAAUUUUCAUUCGCCUAUUAUUAAAGAACUGCCAGUUGUACCGGCGCCACGCGGAGCACCGGCUAAAAGGCUGCUACUCUUCGUGGCAGAUGGUCUGAGGUUUCAUACAUUCAUAAAUAAGUCACCACCUUAUCUCAGGGAUGUAAUGGAAAAUAAGGGUGUAUGGGGAAUAUCUCAUACAAGGGUGCCCACAGAAUCAAGACCAGGACACGUCGCAAUCACUGCAGGAUUAUACGAGGAUCCUAGUGCCAUUUUCAAAGGAUGGCAGGAAAAUCCAGUGGACUUUGAUUCUGUCUUCAAUCAAAGCCAUACUACUUGGGCUUGGGGCAGUCCGGAUAUAAUUCCAAUGUUUACAAAAGGUAGCAAACAAAAUGUUCAUGGAAAGAGUUAUCCUUCCUCAUGGCAAGAUUUUGAUGCAAACUUGAAUAAUCAGACAACUCGUCUGGAUUCCUGGGUGUUUAACGCUUACUUAGAAUGGCUGCAGUCUUCAACAGCUGAAGCAGUGAGAAAUCAGGAUAAAAUCAUUUUGUUUUUUCAUCUGCUUGGCUGCGACACUCUGGGACAUGCUAAAAAACCAUAUUCCAGGGAGUACGUUGAAAAUAUGAACUACGUUGAUGAGAAAAUCAAAGAGACUGUGAAUCUGACAGAGCAUUUUUUUGGGAAGGGCACCACUGCUUACGUGUUCACAGCCGAUCAUGGAAUGACCGACUGGGGAUCUCAUGGCAGUGGCUUGCCAUCCGAAACGGAAACACCGUUAAUUGUUUGGGGAGCGGGAAUAAAAUCUUCCGGCUUUCGUCGAGAUGUCGAGCAAGCGAGUAUCGCUCCUUUGAUGGCAUCUCUAAUAGGAAUUCCUGUUCCUAUAAAUAACGAGGGUGCUCUACCGUGGCAAUAUUUCGAUACGGAUUAUCAGGAAUAUGUCGGACAUUCUUUACUCAGCAAUAUAAAGCAACUUAUGCAUCAAGUGACAGGAAAUCGUGCAAUAAGUUGCAAAGAUAGUGGCAAUAUUGAUUGGCGAGAGAUACAGCUAAAUGCCAAAAUUAGUCAAAUUGAACAACAUUUCAAUAAAGGAAAUGUAAUGGAAGGAAUUCGAGAAGGCGACGAAGCGAUUAGUUUUAGCAAGGAAGCUCUGUUAUAUUUCAGGCAAUAUCAGCGAACACGAUUUUUGAUAUAUUUGUCGAUAAUGUGGCUCGGCUGGAUAGUUGUGUUAUUCCUGAAAAUAGCCGGCAUAAAGCGUCGAAAUUUGCAAAUUCCUCUAUUGCGAUUCAUAAACUUUGGAUUCGCAAGUUUACUCAUAAUAACGUUAGUUGGACAUUUAGUGUCCGAUUGCAGCAACUGGAGAUUACCGUGCUACGCGUCCUUCGCCAUAAUAUCCGUGUGGCUUGCAGUCGCUGCCAUAAUUGUGUGGACGCCGGUGUACGUAAAAAGGAACAGCAAGAAGCUUUUUAUAGAUAUCGGGGGCACCCUGUUUUUAUUAGUGAUACUGUUUGUUGGACUGACAUAUAGGUUUGCUCUCAGCAUAGGAAUAUUAUCUACCAUAUUGAUACGAAAAGCGAAGUCGAAAAGUGUACCGACUCUUAUGAUUUGGACGUCCAUAGCGCUGUGUGUAUUCCCACUACUGCCAGUCGUAGAGCCAUAUCCACGCGUCUACAUUGUAAUAAUCGGCGUAUGUAUUGCAAUGUCAGUAAUGAUUGUCAAUGAAACAUCGUUGAGUCGAAGAAUAAUGGAGAUUCUACGCUUAAUCGUUACAAGCCUUGUGUAUACGGAGUUUAUCGAUGGUAAACACUGGAUAUCCUGGAUCAUCUUGCUGACUACACCCUUGUGCAUUUGGUGUUAUCCAGCAGAGACUCAAAGAAGAACGCUGGGCGUAAUGUUGGGAUUCUUCUGCCCGCUCACGCUAUUAUCUGCAUCUUACGAGCCGCUCUUCUUCCUGACACUUACGGUCAAUUUAUUUUGUUGGUUGCGAGUCGCUCCAAUUACUUCAAAGAGCUCAGGAGAUACACAAAAGAUCACGAAAGACUUGUUCAAAGCGGCGUUUUUUAUGUUGUAUAUACUAUUGUGCUUUUUCGGCACAGGUAAUAUGGCAAGCAUCAGCUCGUUUGAUCCAUCGUGGACACGUCACUUCGUCACCGUCUUCUCCCCGUUUUUAAUGACGUCUUUGAUACUCUUUAAACUUAGUAUUCCUUUAAUAUUAGUCGGAUGCGCGAGCUACGCUCUGGAGUCAGAAGAAUAUAAGAAACCUAUUUCUUUAGCUAUUCUCUUUUUAGGUGACUGCUUGUCGCUGCCUUUAAUGUAUUGCGUCACGCCGUACGGGAGCUGGCUCGACAUCGGUAGCGCUAUCAGUAAAUUUAUUAUCGCUAUCUCUCUUCCGUGUCUCUUUGUACUGUUACGAUGCCUCUCACGACCGUUGAUGAGCCUGUACUUAGAACGAUUUUGGAUCAACCUACUGCCUCAAAAGUCGCAUAUCGUAUAGAUUUUAAUAUGUAUGAAAAGUAAGUCAAUUUUUUAUUAGCUUUUCAGUGGACCAAAGCAGAGAGUGAUUAUUUAAAUUGUACAUUAUUUAGGAUGUACAUAACUUAUUUAUAGAUAAUUACUUUGAGACUGAAUUAACGGGUUACAAUGAAAUUUAGUCUGAAGCAAUUUUAGGUUUUACAGAGCGUUAAAUAAAUGAACUAUUCGAAAUACCUAUUCAUAUAUUUGUCACUACUAGUAUGUUGAGAUGUAUAUAUAAGUAAACAAAUGCAUUUCUAUGUGUGUGUGUAUAUAUAUAUGUA